GGUAUGUACGUUAUCAAACGUGAACAUGGUUCUAUUCCGUGCUAUAUCCGCUCUCAGUCUUCUCUCUGACCUUUUGCACUAGGAUGGGUAUUGAUAUUAAUCAUAAACAUGAUAGAAAGGUGCGACGGACCGAGCCUAAGUCGCAAGAUAUAUAUAUACGUCUUCUAGUGAAGCUAUAUCGAUUUUUGGCAAGAAGGACAAAAUCGAAGUUCAAUCAGAUCAUCCUCAAGCGACUCUUCAUGAGCAAAAUUCACAGACCUCCCAUUUCUCUCGCUCGUGUUGUACGAUUUAUGAAGAAACCUGGACGGGAGAAUUGUAUGGCAGUAGUGGUCGGCACUAUUACUGAUGACGCUAGAAUUUUUGAAGUUCCAAAAUUAACGGUGUGCGCUUUGCGAGUGACAGCCAAAGCUCGGGAGCGAAUCUUGAAAAAUAAUGGCGAAAUUAUCACAUUUGAUCAAUUGGCGUUGCGCGCUCCAACUGGCAAACGCACCGUUUUGAUGCAAGGUCCUCGCAAAGCUCGCGAGGCGGUGAAACACUUUGGGCUGGCACCCGGUGUUCCUCACUCUCAUACCAAGCCAUAUGUACGCUCCAAAGGUCGGAAAUUCGAAAGAGCAAGAGGUCGCAGACGUAGCUGCGGUUAUAAAAAAUAAGGUCGAUCUGUGGCAUCCAGUUUUGCGAAAACUACCUGUUUUAUAUAUGAAAAUAAAUACUGUUUGUUGAUUUAACUACGUUGUUGUCGCUUCAUCUUGCUGCUCUUCCGUGGAUUCCUCAGGUUUCUCUUCGUCGUCUGACUGCGUUU